GUUGCUUCUUAAAUGGUUUAUCGUCAAUCUGUGAAAUAAGCAAUUUCUUCUUCUUUAUUUUAAUUCUUCUUCUUUUUUUUCCUCAGUUUUGCGACGAUGUCUCUCUAAAGAAGUGUUUCGAUUAGAUAAGACUCUAGGUUCAUAGUGCGAUCGAGAUGCAGUCCACAUAAGAGACUGAGAUUUCACAGAAUCCGAGUCAGUUAAGCAUCGCGUGUACCGGCAAAUCUUCUCAAGGAUUAUUAAUUGAAAGUGCUUUAUUUUAGUGCUUAUUAUUUACAUGUGCUAAUCAAAAUAUGUACCCGCGAGAGAAUUUGGACUCGCAAUCUUGUCAACGAUGAUAAUCAAUUUAUGACAAUAUUGUUUCUAUAAUUAUUUUAUCGAAUUUAAUCAGGACCAUUUUUUGUGUCGUGAAAUUGUAUCUUUACUUGUUUUUUCUGAUUUAUGGAACUUUAAAUUUAGUAAUUAAAAUCGAGUAUGGAAUAGAAUUUGUAUUGUAACGGUUUAAUUAUUAUCAUCAAAAAUGCCAGCUUGUUCGAGUGAAAAUUAUCCUCGAUUUUGGAGUCCACCGCCAUCUAGAAGCAGUAGUGCAUCACCACCAUUGCCAAGUUCGCCAAUUUCAAAAUCACCGCCUUCUUUAUUGGAGCAUUUGCCAUCUUCUGUUUCACCAAUUCCUCAUAAGGAAUCACAUAUUUCGACACUUAAAAGAAGUACGUCUAAUUUGUCAAAUUCGAUUGUUAUUAAUAGUCCAAGACGUCGUAGUCAACUGAUGAUACAAAAUAAUCAUCAAUCCGAACAACAAAGGGCAUUUCUACCUGUACGAAUUUUCACCUGGUAUUUAGGAAUGAUUUCCAGUGUAAUUCAAUGGACUUUAAAUACAAUGGGUUAUGCAAUAUGGGCACCUGGUUUAUGGGCUUCGGCCUGGGUUUGUUUAUUUUGGAUAAUGCUUCAAUUACCAUUGACAAUAUUAAAAUGGUUCAUCACAAUUCUUCAUACGCCCGCUUCUGAACGUUCACGUAAUAAAAGAUGUGUUCUUAUAAGUGGUGGAAGUACUGUACAAACUGUUCGUCUGGCACAAAAUUUCUACAAGGCAGGUGCUCGUGUUGUUGUAUUUGAUUUAGAGGGUCUUUUUGCACUUGCAAAAUAUUCAACGGCAUGUUCAAAGUAUUAUACAGUGCCAAAACCUGGUCCAGGUAGUGCGGCAGAAUAUGUUAAAGCUCUUAAGGAUAUUGUUCAAAGAGAAAGAGCGGCAUAUUAUAUUCCAGUUUGUGCAACUAGUGCAGCAUAUUAUGAUGCACUUGCAAAACAAUAUUUGGAAAUAAUGGGUUGUGAAUGUUUUGUACCGGGUGCUGCUGAGGUUACUGUUUUGGAUGAUCCAUUGGAAUUGAUGAGACGAUGUCGUUCAUUGGGAUUAGCGACACCGACGAAUUUUGUUCUUCGUACAGAAGACGAUGUCACUUGUUUAUAUGAGACUGGAAGUUUGAGAACAGGUAGACAUGUGAUGUUGGCUGCUGGUCCAGCUGGUAUGAGAGAUAGAACAAAAAUCACAUUACCACCAACUGUACGCGAAUUUCGUCAUCAGGAACAUGAGAUUAGUGAAAGGAGACCUUGGAUGGUGAUUCGUGAUCCAGGUGGUAGUCAUUUUAUUACUUGUACAACAAUAAAAGAUUCAAAAGUUGUUGCCAAUAUAACGUGUAGAGUUGAUGAAAUAAAGGGACUUAUUCCUGAGGAGAGAAUUGAUGUUAAUCAUUGGUUGGAGAGAUUUUUUACAAGGACUUUUGGAAGUCGUAUCAAUGGUCAUUUAAGUUUUAGACUGGCCAUUUCAAGAGAGACUGGGGAAUUGAUAUCAAUUGGAUGUCGUGUUGGUAUUGGAUUGCCAUACAUUUGUCAUACGAGUGUACAUCCGCGAUUGGUUUGGAGACCUUGUAAACAUUUUUCGAGGCAUAAUUCGGGACCACUUGUGAUUGGUGAGAGACCAUUGAAUCAAGAAGCUAUUGACACUGCAUUAAAAUCAUCAUCAUGUGAAAAUACUUCACGACUUUUGGGCACUGUUCUUGAUAAAAGACAAGCUCUUUUUGUUUAUUGGGAUCCGUUGCCCUAUUGCGCAUAUUAUUAUCUUCAAUUGCCGUUUAGGCGAGUUGCUGGUGUCAUCAGAGCCCAACCUGGGAAACAUAAUCCACCUCUUGCGGUAGUGCGAUAAAUGUUUUUUUUUUGUUAAAUUAUUGAAAAAACUGUUGUGCAAUUACGAAAUUCAUCAGCUGGACAAGGUGCAAAAGAGUGGAACAAAUUAAUUAAUAGAAUGCCAACAUAGAAUUUAAAUCUAAUUUUCAGAUAGUAAUGUAAUGCCUCUAUAGACUAGACGCGAAAUCUACAUUAUCGGCAGAAAAUAAAACAGCACUUCUACUUUAUCACUCUAGCAAAAGAAGUAUAAACCGGCUCAAAUUUUUAACUACAUUCUAGGGGUUAAAACAACUGUUUUUUUGUUUGUUCGAAUUUGGCUUGUCCUUCAUCAAAAAAUUUAAAUAUUUCUUAAUUAUUACAAACACUUGUAAAUAUCAUUUUAGUCAUCAAAGAAAUUGUAUUUAUCACUCAAUAUAUUUUAUGUAAUUUUAA